UAUGGUCAUUUCAUACCAAUAACAUUCAAAAAUCUCCAACGGUCAUCUCCUUCCCCUGCUUUCAACAACUAAAAACCUCACCUUUCCCCUUUCUCUGUCUCUCCACAUUCAAAUUCAAACCCUCACUCUCUCUCUCUCAGAGACCACAAAUCUCUUCUCUUCUUCUCUCUCCCAUUCUCGAACAAUGAAAUCAACCACUGAAACCGCCGUCGCCGCCGAGAAUGGCCGUUUCUUGGGGAGCAUUUCGAGGUCUUCGUUUCGAAAUCUGCUUCCAAAAUCAAAGCUUAAGAAAAGCGCUAACAAACCCAACUCUGAAAACACGCCUCCACUAGAUCCCAACAUUAUUCAAGUUAACAACUCCGCCCAGUUUUCCCUCAAAUCUCCACCGUCCAAAUCGCUUACUUCUGACUCCUUGAUCAACCCAUCGGACGGUUACCGUCAAACGUUGCCUCCCAUGGACUCUUCCAUCAAGAAGGAGGCUGUUGAAUCUGAGGAACGGAAAGGAGAAUUGGGGGAUUUAGAUCCAUCAGUGAAGGUGGUAGUGAGAAUUAGACCCAUAAAUGCUCAAGAAAAAGAAGUAGAUCGGACAGUGAGGAAGGUUUCUUCAGAUUCCUUAACCGUUGGUGACCGCAAAUUCACAUUUGAUUCUGUUCUUGAUUCAAAUUCCAAUCAGGAGGAUGUUUUUCAGCUAAUUGGUGUUCCUUUGGUUAAAAAUGCAUUAGCUGGUUACAACACUUCAAUAUUGUCAUAUGGACAGACUGGAAGUGGAAAGACUUACACAAUGUGGGGUCCACCAAGCGCCAUGGUUGAGGAUCCUUCACCUAGAAGCCACCAGGGGAUUGUUCCUCGUAUCUUCCAAAUGUUGUUCUCUGAGAUUCAAAGAGAGCAAGAGAACCAUGAUGGGAAGCUGAUAAAUUAUCAGUGCCGUUGCUCCUUUCUCGAGAUUUACAAUGAGCAAAUUGGGGAUUUACUUGAUCCAACUCAACGGAACCUUGAGAUAAAGGAUGAUCCAAAGAAUGGAUUGUAUGUUGAGAAUUUGACUGAAGAAUAUGUUUCUAGCUAUGAGGAUGUAACUCAAAUCUUGAUUAAGGGGCUUUCAAGUAAGAAGGUUGGAGCAACAACUGUAAAUUCUAAGAGCUCUCGGUCUCACAUUGUGUUUACUUUCGUCAUUGAAUCUUGGUGCAAGGGAGCCUCAUCAAAAUGUUUCAGCAGUUCAAAAACAAGCAGAAUCAGCCUGAUUGACCUUGCAGGCCUGGAUAGAAACAAACUCGAAGAUGUGGGUAGACAAAGUGUACAGGAAGGGAAAAAUGUCAAGAAGUCCCUAUCACAUCUUGGAUAUUUGGUGAACACUCUUGCAAAAGAAACUCAACCUGAAAAACCUGAAGAUGCUCCUUAUGGAGGUUCUUGUUUAACACGUAUACUGAGAGAAUCCCUUGGUGGCAACGCCAAGCUCACAGUUAUUUGCAACAUUUCUGCAGACAACAGAAAUAGUAGUGAAAUACUAAGCACUCUCAGAUUUGGGCAAAGGAUUAAAUCUAUAAGAAAUGAGCCAGUAAUUAAUGAAAUCUCCGAAGAUGAUGUCAAUGACUUGAGUGAUCAGAUUCGUCAACUAAAGGAAGAGCUUAUAAGAGCAAAAUCUGAUGUAUAUAGCUCAGUUGGGAGUAAAAGUGGAUAUUUUGAAGGGUGGACUGCACGUGAUAGCUUGAACCAAUUAAGGGUAAGUCUUAACCGCUCUUUGAUCCUCCCACGCAUAGAAGAUGAUUAUGAGGAAGAGAUUAAUAUUGGUGAGGAAGAUGUAAAGGAACUACGUCAUCAGCUAGAUUAUCAUAGCUCUUGUGACACAAACUUAAGAGAUCCAUCUGACAAGAGAGGUUCCAUUCAGUCUUCUUCUGUAAAAGAAAGUUGUGAGACAGACUUGCUGAGUGAAGAUGACGUUCAUUGCCCAAAAGACACAGAGAUAGAAGAAAUUGAUGUAGAAGGACUUCCCCCCAUGGCCAUUCCUGCAUCAGCUGAUGACCUUUCAAUUACAUCAAAAACCUUCAAGGCUGUUGAUCCUUCAAUUAGAAAUAGCAUCGCCAUUAGCUCAUGCCAUCGGUCAUCAAUCCUCCAAGAGCCUACUUUGUCAGAGUCUCCCAAAAUUGGAAAUAAUCCAAGGAAAAGCAUAGCUGUCUCAUCAGCACUUUUGGCUAGUCAGAACAAUGUAUCAGAGAGCUCAGAGUCGGAGGUAUUACAACAGUCACUCAAACAUAAUGAGCACAUCAGGUCCUCAUUACGUUCAAGCAAGAUAUUUUCAGGAGCUACAGAGUCUUUGGCUGCCAGCCUUCAAAGAGGCCUGCAGAUUAUUGAUUAUCACCAGAGUAGUUCAGCCUCCAACAGAUCUUCAGUUGCCUUCUCUUUUGAACACUUAAUGCUGAAGCGUAGUCCUGCAGCAGACAAGGCCAAUGCUUCUGUUCAAACAUUAUCAGAUGACAAACAAUCUUCAGAUGAACCAUCUACUCCAUUGCUUUGUUCAUCUUGCCAAAGGAAGUUUGACAAUAAUAACCCUAACGGGGUUCAGGAUAGCUUGAAGACAUGGAUUGUAGCCGUUGAUCAACAGAAAGAUGGAAAGACCACAGCUGUAGCAAGGAAUUUGGCAGAGGCCACCAAAAGAGAGAAAGCCCUCGAAAGUGUUUGUAUGGAGCAAGCAGCCAAAAUUGAGCAGUUAAACCAUCUGGUAGAGCAAUACAAACAUGAGAGAGAAAAUUCCACGAUUGAAGAUGCUCCUGAGUCUCGGAAGAAUGAAAUAAUACCAUUUGAGCGGUCCAACAAUGGUGAAAAUGGAAAAGAAAGUUUUGAUCAGAAUGAAAAGGAAGCACUGCUUCAGGAAAUUCAAACAUUAAAGAGCAAAUUGCAGUCAUAUACUGCAUCUCCAAACAAGUCUACUGAAAAACUGAGAUCCUCUUUGUUGUCAUGUUCCAUUCAAUUGCGAAAAAGUGUAGACUGUCGUGAUAACAGUGAGGAAGAACUUGAGAAGGAAAGACAGAGAUGGAUGGAAAUGGAAAGUGAUUGGAUAUCAUUAACUGAUGAACUCAGGAUGGACCUUGAAUCCAACCGCUGCCGUGCAGAGAAAGUAGAGAUGGAACUGAAAUUGGAGAAGAAGUGCACUGAGGAGUUGGAUGAUGCUCUUAGCAGAGCUGUCCUUGGGCAUGCUAGAAUGGUUGAACACUAUGCUGAACUACAAGAAAAAUACAAUGAUCUGGUUGCUAAGCACCGGGCAAUAAUGGAAGGGAUAGCAGAGGUAAAGAGGGCAGCAGCAAAGGCAGGAGCCAAAGGUCAUGGCACACGUUUUGCAAAAUCCUUGGCUGCUGAGCUUUCAGCUCUUAGAGUGGAGAGGGAAAGGGAGAAAGAAUUCUUGAAAAAGGAGAACAAAAGUCUCAGAAUCCAGCUUAGAGACACUGCAGAAGCUGUUCAUGCUGCUGGAGAACUCCUUGUUAGGCUGAGAGAGGCUGAGCAAGCUGCCUCUGUAGCAGAGGAGAACUUUAGUAAUGUUCAGCAAGAGAAUGAAAAGUUAAAGAAGCAAGUGGAGAAGCUGAAAAGAAAACACAAGAUGGAGAUGAUCACCAUGAAGCAGUACCUUGCAGAGAGCAGAUUGCCUGAAUCUGCACUGCAACCUCUAUAUCGUGAUGAUUCAGCACACAACAGCAGUGCAAUUCCAGAUGAUGAUCAGGCAUGGAGAGCAGAAUUUGGAGCAAUAUAUCAAGAACAUUACUAAUUCAUCCAAGGAAAUCAGACCCUACUUGGGUCAAAAUGAAUAUAAUAAUACUACUUUUCUUGUAUAACCUCUAAUAUAUGCUUUCAAUUUCAUAUAUGUUGAAUACUUGAAUGUGUCUAGUGUUGAAAUUUGUUGGAGUUAAUUUCAUUACAUGAACUUUGUGUGUAAUGUGAUUAAAAAAAGGUGGGGUUUGACUUUUUUAUUAACUUGAUUUUAAUGUAU